UGAUGAGGAAGGCAAGAUGUGUGGCGUUACAUCAGAAGGGGAAACAGCUAAGUCUAAAAAAGUUGUAUGUGAUCCCUCGUACCUUCCAAACAAGGUUAAGAAGGUUGGCAAAGUAGCUAGAGCUAUAGCUAUCAUGAGCCAUCCUAUUCCAAGCACCAAUGAUUCCAAUUCAGCACAAGUUAUCCUACCCCAGAAACAGCUGGGUCGCAAAUCCGACAUGUAUUUGUUUUGUUGCUCAUAUUCUCACAAUGUUGCCCCAAAAGGAAAAUACAUUGCUUUUGUCUCGACUGAAGCAGAAACUGAUAACCCCCAGAGUGAACUCAAACCUGGUACUGAUCUUCUAGGAGGUGUGGAUGAGAUUUUCUUUGAGACUUAUGAUCGAUUUGAACCAGUCAACAAGCCUUCUCUAGACAAUUGCUUCAUAACAACAAGUUAUGAUGCAACCACUCACUUUGAGUCCACCGUCGAUGAUGUGCAGAAUAUGUAUACCUUGAUUACAGGAAAGGUUCUUGAUCUUAAUGUUGACUUAAGUGCUGCAAGUGCUGCUGAAGAAUGAGAAUGUUGGUUGUUCUAUGCUUUUAUCCUACUAAUGUCUUAUGGAUACAAGAAUUUGCCUUGUAAAAUCCG